CAGCUGAGAGGCCUGGAACGGAGUUGCCACCCACUUGUGAAUGUGUGUUUGUGUGUUGAACUUUGCAUGGCGAGUGACCUGCAACCUGUCCGCCAAUAACCGUUAAUAGCUGCAAUCAGUGCAGUCAACCGACUUUGAAAUCAAUUGGUCGCGUUGCGUGCAUGCAGUGCUUAGAGCUAGAAGUUUGAUGAAUCGCGGAUCGCAUUUGAACAAAACAACGUGCAGAAAUUUUGGCAACUCUGACACACACACACACGCACACAUACACGCUCUGGCCAGUUAACAUUCUUAUUUUACGCUUUUUGGCCAUACUUUUGUAUCUAGAUUAGUUUGCUGGAAGCACAAAAGCAGCGCAGCGAGCCCAUCGAAAGGCGUCGCGGAAUAAGAGAAGUUGGUAAAAAACAAAACUACAAUGCAAUCGCAACAAAAAUGAUGUAAAUGAAAACUCUCAAGUAGCCCGACCUGGGAUGUGUGUGUGUGUCGGUGUGUGGAAAUUAACGUAGUGUAAAGCGAAGAAGAAGAGUGGCGAAGGAAAAGUGACAAUUGCAAUCCAAGGCGAACAACAAAAAAAAAAAAAGCGACGAAGCGAAGGUCCAACCACCUUACCUCCUCCUCCUUCCACCCACCCUCCGUCCGGCCGAAGGAUCAUCAAGAGUGCUUUGAGGAGCAACCAGCGCCGCCAUGGAGGAGAAGCGCAUCGCCGACUACUUUGUGGUCGCCGGCAUGCCGGAGCAACCGCAGCUGCUGCAGGAGAACAGCUUCAACGACUCGGGACGUCUGCGGGCGGCCAACACCAUCGAGCCCAUCACGGACAUCGGGGUGUUCUUCCCGCUCCUCGGCGAGGAGAUUCCCGAGGGCUAUGAGCUCCUCGCACACACGCCCACCGGCCUGCCGGCCAACCUCAAUCACGGAUCCGUGAGGACCACGGAGUGCUAUAUUUAUUUCCGCCGUGGCAAGGACCGGCCGCCGCUGGUGGAUAUAGGCGUUCUCUACGACGGCCAUGAGCGGAUCAUGUCCGACGCGGAGAUUGUGGCCGAAACCCCUGGCGGCCGGGUGGCCAACGUGAACAACUCGUCGGCCAAGACCUUCCUCACGUACCGAAGGGCCCGGGCGGACAUGCCCUGCAACGAGCUGGUGGUCACCGAGCUGUGCGUCAUCGUCCAGAGCAAGGGGGAGCGGGAGCCGCACGCCUUCUGCCUGAUCUACAAGACACUGAACAAGGGCUACGUGGGCAGCGACGUCUACUUGUGCUACAAGAAGUCCAUGUACCGGCCGAAGCACAUCAGCUACAAGCCGGAGAUCCUACUGCGCUACCCCACCGUCGACCACAACGAUUUCCCGCUUAACCUCUGCCCCAGCGUGCCGCUCUUCUGCCUGCCGAUGGGCGCCUCUCUAGAGGCGUGGCCCCACGUCCACGGCACGGAGAAACGCAAGCCGAUCAGUCCGGUCUUCAGUACGUUUGUGCUCACGGUCAACGAUGGCACCUACAAGGUCUACGGCUCGGCGCUGACGUUCUACGAGGAUUACGAUGAAUCGCAGUUGUCAGCCGAGCAAAAGGAGCUGCUGGGCUGGGACGAGGAGUUCGCCCAGCAGCACUCCCUGCACAUGAUCAAGGCCAUCUGCCUGCUGUCCCACCACCCCUUCGGCGACACCUUCGACAAGUGGCUCAAAUACCUCCACCGCAUGGUCUUGUGUGGGAAUAUCCCCAUUCCCGUGGAGCGCUACAUUACGCAGCUACUGGACGAAGUGCCGUUUCCGGCUCCGAGCAUUCACCUGCAGCUGUCCAGCGAGUCGAACGACCGCAUCCUGCUCACCCAGCCGGAGGACUCGCCGCUGCCGAGGAGUGGUGCCGGCUUUCACAUUCUGCUCCAGAACCUGGGCACCGACAACUGCCUGCACGUCCUCCUGCUGGCCCUCACCGAACAGAAGAUACUCAUCCACUCACUGAGACCCGCCACCUUGACGGCCGUGGCCGAGGCCAUUGUCUCCCUGCUGUUUCCGUUCAAGUGGCAGUGUCCUUACAUACCACUUUGUCCCCUGGGCUUGGCGGAGGUCCUUCAUGCUCCGCUGCCCUACUUGAUUGGCGUGGACUCGCGUUUCUUCGACCUCUACGAACCGCCCACAGACGUCACCUGCAUCGACCUGGACACGAAUAAUAUAAGCUUGUGCGAAUCGCAGCGCCACUUAUCGCCCAAGCUGCUGCCCAAGAGAGCCGCCCGCCUGCUAAAGCAAACGCUUACGGAGCUGGAGAACGCCAAGCCCAUUAGCUAUGACUCCACCAAUAGCCUGGAUCGGGACAUACGGAAGCGAAAGCGAGAACUGGUCCUGGAGCAGCGCAUCCAGGAGGCCUUUCUGCUCUUCAUGGCGAGCAUAUUGCGCGGCUACCGGGACUUCCUGGUGCCCAUUUCCAAGGCGCCCUCAGUGGGCGCCACUGAUCCAAGCGCCCUGUUCCAGCUGAAGGCCUUUUUGCGUUCCCGCGAUAAGUCACACAUCAAGUUCUUUGAGCUGCUGAUGAAGACCCAGAUGUUCAUUCGCUUCAUUGAGGAGCGCUCCUUCGUCUCCGACGGCGACCACGGACUGAGCUUCUUCGACGAGUGCGCCGAGAAGGUGGGCAACUACGACGAGACGCCCGCCCAGCUGCACUUGGUGGACUGGGACACGGGCCAGAACAGCGAGCGAACGAAGUACAUCUUUCCGCCGGACAGCGUCACACCGGCGGGCUCCCAGUCGGCCGGCGGAGGCUUCAGCUACGAGAACUUUACUCUGCAGCCGGAGCUGUUGCAGAGCACGAAUAAGAAGACGGCGCUCUCGAAGUUCCUGCAGAUGCAGCUGAACGCCUCGCUGUCGCCGGGGUCGCCGAUAGCCAGGCGCACCAAGCACGAGAUCAAGCUCUCCCAGAAGAUGGCCUCGCGGUGUCAACAGCACCCGGAGGCCUGGUCCAAGUACCUGCUGGCCACCUGCUACUCGCUGUACUUCCUCAUUCUGCCCUCGAUGGUGUUGGAUACGCGGCAUUCGGGCAAGGAGCCAGACAUCCUGCGCGCCGCCUACGACGUGCUGGUGCGAGCCAGUCGCCUCAAGAUCACCUGCGACGAGUUCUGCUACCGUAUCAUGAUGCAGCUCUGCGGCAUCCACAAUCUGCCGGUGCUGGCCGUGCGCCUCCACUAUCUGAUGAAGCGUUCCGGGGUGCAGGCCAAUGCCCUGACUUACGGCUUCUACAACCGCUGUGUGCUGGAGUCGCAGUGGCCGAGUGACAGCACCACGCUGAGCCAGAUCCGCUGGAACCGCAUCAAGAACGUGGUGAUGGGCGCGGCCCAGUUCCGGCGAGCCGGCAAGCGUCGGGCGGCUGCCAAGGUGAACAAAUCGCUGAGCGCCUCCCAGGACCAGAAUCUUAGCACUCUGGAGACAGUGGACGGGCAGUCGCGGAGCAGCUUGGCCUCCUCGUCCGGCGAGGGGGGCGGUGGGGGUCAUGGCCUCCUGGAUUUCGCGGCGUUCGAUCGAUUGCGCAACAAGCUGGGCAGCAUUGUCCGCCAGACGGUGACGGGAGGCAACAAUGACUCGCUGCCCACGGAGGAUGUGGUGAACAGCGCCGGACUACUGAUCGCCGGCGAGCCGAGCGCCCCAAACACUCCCACCUACGGUGGGGACACGGAUAUCCUCACCAAGGCUCUGCAGCAGCAGCAGCCGCGCAAGCAGAUCAUGAGCAUAGGCGGCGGGGAGGACGAUGAUGAGGAUGAGGACGAGUACACUCCCGCCUCGCCGAGCACUCCGCAGAAGCAGCUGGGCUCCGACGGACGCCAGUAUGCAGGCGCCGGCGACUACGAGGCGGAUGAGGAGGACGAGGACGACGGGGAGGAGGACGAGGUGGAUGAACAUGUGGCCGCUCAGCGGGCACGCCAGCGUGUGCAGAGUCCAACCAAAAUCUCGCCGCGCACGCCCGUCACCCAAAACGAUCCCCUGGGCGCCCUCAACGAGGAGGAGUCUGGCUCGAGUGGCACGCCCACGCAGCAGACCCAGCCGGCGGUGGAGACGUCGUCGCACGCCCAAAUGGACAGCAGCAUCUACAGCGACAAGCCGAUCCUGUUCCGGGGCCAGCGGAGCGCCACCUUCGACGAGUCGACGCAGAUCGGGAAGAGUAUGCACCGGUCGGAGACGAUGCCGGUGGCUAGCAGCGGAGUGACUCACAGCCUGGCCAAUAUCGGCUCCUCGCUGAAGUUCACGUUCGGACGUUAUUCACCCGCACGAUUGUCCCUUAAGAAAGACUUGAAAUUGCCCGCCAAUAUUAUAGAAAAUAUAUCGAGCAUAAGUCCCAGCCUGACGGGCAAGAAAUCAAACGAGCUGAUCCAAGGCAGCCUGAGCAGCAUCAAGUACGCAGCCAACUCGCUGACCAAGAAGUUCGACGAGAUCAAGGGCGUCAUCUCGGCCAAUUCGACGCCGACCAAGACCAACAACGGCCACCACCCGAAUCAGCACACCCACCACCACUCCCUCCACCAUCACCAGCAGGCCGAGCAGGAGGAGCACGAUGCGGCCGUCCACGAGGAGGGCAAGCUGAGACGCGUCUCCAGCGACCUGGAUCCGUGGGGCAGGCUCAGCGAGUCGCGCAAAUCCAGCUACAACAAUCUGGUGCCGCUGGGCGAGAACACCUCCAGCGGAGCCCUUUACUUGCACGCCUUUCCCGCGCUGCCCGACAACCUCUACAGUCCCAUUGGAGAGAGCAACACUGAUCGCGACUGCGACGUGCUCAUCCAACUGACGACCUGUUCGCAGUGCCACAACUGCUCCGUCUUGGUCUACGACGAGGAGAUCAUGAGCGGCUGGACGGCAGAGGACUCGAAUUUGAACACCACCUGCCACGCGUGCAACAAGCUCACCGUGCCCUUCCUCAGCGUCCAGAUCGAGCGUAAGGCCGAGCCAGAGGACGAACAGGGCGACAAGGGUGCCAAGGAGCAGCCGGCAAAAAGGUCUAGUGUGACGGUGCCGUAUCUGAAUCCGCUGGUGCUGCGCAAGGAGCUGGAGAACAUACUCACCCAGGAGGGCGAUGCGGCGCUGAUCAAGCCGGAGUUCGUCGAGGAGCAUCCGAUCAUCUACUGGAACCUGCUGUGGCUCAUGGAGCGCAUCGAGAGCAAGACGCACCUGCCGGAGCUCUGUCUGCCAGUGCCGAGCGACAAGGAGCCCAUGGAUCCGCUCAGCAAGGUGAAGACGGUGCACAUCCAGUGCCUGUGGGACAACCUGAGCCUGCACAGCGAGGCCAGUGGUCCGCCCAUGUACAUCCUGUACAGGGAGACCCAGCCGACGAGCCCGCUCAUCAAGGCCCUGCUCACCGACCAGGCGCAGCUCAGCAAGAAUGUCAUUCAGCAAAUCAUUUCGGCCAUCAGGUGCAACGACCUGGGGACUCCCCUGAAGCGCCUGGCCAACGAGCGGCACAAACUGAAGAGCAACGGGGUGGAGAGAUCGCACUCCUUCUACCGGGACAUCCUCUUCCUGGCUCUGACCGCCAUGGGCAGGGCCAACGUCGACCUGGCCACAUUCCAUCGGGAGUAUGCGGCCGUCUUCGACAAGCUGACGGAGCGGGAGUGCAAUAUGUAUUACCGCAACCAGGAUCUGCCGCCCUCGGCCUCGACCAUCUUCUGUCGGGCCUACUUCCGUCCCCUGUUGCUGCCCUGACGCACAGCGGGCGGCGGUCCAGGCGGAGACUCGGCCAUAGAUCGGGGCGAGGACUCGGCGAAGGCGGAAUUGAACGGCGGAGCGGAAGCUUAAAAGACAAGACGACCAAAAAGAAAAAUAUUUUUUUUUAACAGCAAAACGCUUAUCAUAAAACACACUAGGUUCGGUCGAUCAAAGGAAUGAUUAAACAGCUUAGGAUCCAAGACAUGUAGGAAACAAUCUUAGGAAAUUUGAAAAUUGUGUUUUUUUUACGUAGAUAAACGAAGAAUUUGACGGAUUUAAUAUUUCUAUUGUUGUUAUCGACCUAUCCUGGCUUCAUUGCAUACACAAGCACUUGACACAUGAUUUUGUAAAUGACCUAAUCUUAAACUUAAGUACUUAACGAUUUUGUUCGCCUUUAAUGACUGGUUUCUGUGACAAUACAUUACGAAGUUCUGGCAGUGCGUUUCACGCCCACUCCGAGGUACUUAAUCCUAAAAUUGUAACUUACCCAUUGGCUUUGUAUCUAUAUGUUUGGUUUUAUUCUACGAUUAUUUGUAGUUAUCGUUUGUGAAACACACUGCAGUUGUACACUCUCCCUAAUAAUAACGAAUAACGAAAAGUACCGUGUAAAAAAGUAAGUUUUGAUUGAAACGUUUUUCAAACUCGACCCUCGUCAUAUUUGCCUUAUUAUAUAUAAUAUAACAAUACAUAUUUGUGUACAGACAUAGGUGUAUAGCGUGUGAGUGCGAUCUUGAAUGCCGGUCGCAUUGUGAGCCACUCCUCCCCACUACUUUCGAUGGUUAUUUCAAAAAUAACUCCCCUGAUUUUUGUUUAUUGGUGUUUGGGUUUCGCCCUGAGAUUCUCUUACAAUGCUCUCCGGGUCCUUUAGUUAGCUUAGCGAACUUUUUCCGGGGGAGGGAAGCGAUCAGAAUCAGAAUCAGGCGGUGAUCGGUGAUCGGAAGGCGAAAGGAUUCAAUACUGACGAUGGCAGACAACAAUUAAACAACGAUUACAAUAGCAAUAAUUUAUAGAGGAUAGCCAUAAAUAGGUGUAGCUUGGGAGUAACAUAUUGCAGAUCUAAACUUACAGACACUCUCACGUCCACGUUUUUAAGACAACACCCAAGCGGAAUAAUACUUCAAGUAACACUUCAACACCCACAUAGAUCCAGGAUAACAAUACCGAUACACUCUCACUUAUAUAAUGCAGCCACAGUAAUUUUUUUGUCGGGCAUCUUAACUAAAUGUAUAUUUAAUAACUAAUUUAAUUACCUAAUAAAGCAUAAACAAAUAAAAAAAAUUGAUA